AUGUCAAGACAAUUAAACUGUGGAUUAUAUCUGUGCUGGUAUUCCUUUUCUGUCCUCUUACAUGGACCUGCAGCCUUUGAUUUCAACACUUCAACUCUGAAUCAGCCCCCAAAUGUCAAACCUGUUAAAGACCAAGAAAUCAUGGAGGAGGAUUCACCGUUUCUACAGCUGAGAGCUAGACUGCCAUCUUACUCUCAGCCCAUCCGACCAUACUCCAUUCUGACAAACACGGAGGACUACCACUACAUGCCUAAACCUAAACACCGCCGACCCUCUCGUCUUCGCCGUCUCCUGGGAUCACAUUUUGAUCCAUUCUGGAUGUCGGUAGAGCAGCCAUCUGAAGGCUCUGGGGUCUGGACUCCAAAUGGAGACACAUUCAACUUGAGUGCCUCUCCACAGCUGAGAGUAGCAGCAGAAAACCACGGACAAAAGCUGGAGAAGGAAGCUGCAGAACUAGACUUCAGCUCUCUGCCCUCAGAUGUAGCCAGUGCAGUCCGAGAUUGGUUGGUGCGCUCUGCCACCUGUGGAUUACACUACCAGUGGGUGAAUCUGGGCUCAGCGUUCUGGCCUCGAUGGGUUAGGCAUACUGACUGUGAAGGAGCUGGUGCUGGGUCCAGCUGCUCCUUUCCCCAUGGGAUGAAGUGUACGCGAGCUCAGACCACAUACAUCAAGAUCCUUACUUGGCACUGUCAAGAAGUCACAGAAAACAGAGAUGCAUCCUCAGAGGGUAAAGGUCACAGGUCUGAGGGUAGCACUGGGAGUAGGACAAUGGAAACUAGUCAGAUGUGCACAUGGAGGCCAGUUCCUUAUCCUGUGGUCACAGCAUGUACAUGCUCAUGUAAAUAA